GUGUUAAACAUAAGUCGUGUCCCUGAUUGUCCUUGACCUCCUUUCCUAUCAAAAGUUUAGCUCGUGAAAAGCCGAAUUUAUUUUUAAAAAUGUCUCUUAACAAGUUGUCCAUCGACAAAUUGAACCUGAAAGGAAAGCGUGUCCUUAUACGAGUUGACUUUAAUGUCCCUUUGAAAAAUGGUAGUAUCACCAAUAACCAAAGAAUUGUUGCUGCUUUACCAACUAUAAAGCAUGCUUUAGAAAAUGGAGCCAAAAGCGUAGUCCUCAUGAGCCAUUUAGGAAGACCUAACGGAAGCAAAAAUUUGCAGUUUACUCUGGAGCCAGUUGCUGAAGAAUUGAGAAAGUUAUUGGAAAGAGACAUCUUAUUCCUUGAAGACUGUGUUGGGUCUGAAGUAGAGAAGGCCUGUGAGUCACCUGCAGAGGGUACUAUUAUUUUACUAGAGAAUCUUAGAUUUCAUGUCGAAGAAGAGGGAAAGGGUGUAAAUGAAAAAGGAGAAAAGAUAAAGGCAGAUAAAGGCGCUGUUGAAAAAUUUCGAGAAUCUUUAUCAAAACUUGGUGACGUCUAUGUUAAUGAUGCCUUUGGAACUGCUCAUAGAGCGCAUAGUUCUAUGGUUGGAUGUACUCAUAGCGAACGUGCAUCCGGAUUUCUUCUUAAAAAAGAAUUGGACUACUUCUCCAAAGCAUUAGAAAAACCAGAAAGACCUUUCCUAGCGAUUUUGGGGGGAGCCAAAGUUAAGGAUAAGAUUCAGCUAAUCGAUAAUCUCUUAGAUAAAGUUAAUUUGAUGAUAAUCGGUGGAGGAAUGGCUUUCACUUUUCUCAAAGUAUUGGACAACAUGGAGAUCGGUAAUUCGCUGUAUGACGAAGAUGGGGCAAAAAUUAUUCACCAAAUCAUGGAAAAAGCAAAAAAGAAUAACGUUAAAAUUUUCCUACCAUCUGAUUUUGUAAUUGGAGAUAAGUUUGGAGAAGAUGCAAAAGUGAGAAAUGUAAAAAAAGGAGAAGGAGUGCCGUCAGGUCAUAUGGGACUAGAUAUUGGCCCAGAAUCAGCAAAAGAGUUUACAGAUGUCAUAUUACGAUCAAAAACAAUCGUUUGGAAUGGACCACCAGGGGUUUUUGAAUUUGCAAGUUUCGAGAAUGGUACAAAAGAAUUUAUGAAUGGUAUAGUAAAGGCCACACAAGACGGCGCAACCACCAUUAUUGGAGGAGGUGAUACAGCAACUUGCUGUGCCAAGUAUGGAACAGAAGCUAAAGUUAGUCACGUUAGCACUGGUGGUGGAGCCAGUUUAGAGUUGUUGGAAGGUAAAGUACUCCCUGGUGUAGAUGCUCUGAGUAGUGCAUGA